AUGCAGUUACGUCGUCGUGUUGCCUCUGCCGCGGCCGCGGCCGCGCUUCUCGCGUGGCCGUGUCUGGCCCAGGCGCCCACGUUCACGACGCACGAGUCCGGCGUCAGGUUCGGCACCUGGGCUGCCCAGCAGUCGCCAAAUCAGGCCGCCUUCACGUUUGGCAUGGCCCUCCCGGAGAAUGCUCUGACCACAGACGCGACCGAGUACAUUGGCCUGCUAAGAUGCGCCAGGACAAGCGCCGCGGAGACUGGAUGGUGCGGCGUGUCCCACGGCCAGUCUGGGCAGAUGAUCGGUGCCCUGCUGUUGAUGGCUUGGCCACACGGCGGCGAGGUCCUGACUUCGUUCCGCUUCGCAACGGGCUACAGCAUGCCCGACGUCUACACCGGAAACGCAAAGUUGACCCAGAUAUCGUCCAAGAUCACCGACACCUACUUUGAGGUUGCGUACAGGUGCACCGACUGCCUGGCCUGGAACGAGGGCGGCGAUACGGGAAAAGCGUCUACGAGUGAGGGCUUCCUGGUGCUUGGUCGGGCUUCAAGUAGCCAGACGCCUGGAAACGCCGCCUGUCCGAACCGGAUCACCUUUGGCUUCCACGACACUGGCUUCGGCCAGUACGGUGCCUCGCUGGAAGGCGUCGCCAACCCGUCGUAUAGCUCUUGGGCCGCGCUAGCCACAAAGACGGUGGACGGAAAUUGUGGCGGGUCCUCUACCACUUCGACCACCACCACCCCUGGCACGACCAUGACAACUUCCACUGCUACGAGCACUACAACGGUCCCUGUUGCCUCGUACACGCCAGCUCCAACCGGGACGUUCGACUACGUCGUCGUUGGUGCCGGUGCCGGCGGCAUCACCGUUGCCGACAAGCUCAGCGAGGCCGGGCAUAGAGUGCUGCUUGUCGAAAAGGGGCCGCCGUCUUCGGGACAUUGGGGUGGCGCGAUGGCUCCCGAAUGGUUGAAGGGCUCCGGACUAACACGUUUCGAUGUCCCCGGCCUUUGCAACCAGAUCUGGGUCGACGCGGCUGGUGUUGCUUGCACCGACAUGGACCAGAUGGCGGGAUGCGUUCUCGGUGGAGGCGUUGCCGUCAAUGCCGGCCUUUGGUGGAAGUCCAACCCCCUUGACUGGGACGUCAACUUCCCAGCAGGCUGGAAGUCGGUAGAUAUGCGCGCGGAUGAGAACCGAGUCUUCUCACGCAUCCCUGGCACAAUCGUGCCAUCGAUGGACGGCAAGCUGUACCUGGACCAAGGCUUCGACGUGCUCGCGAGCGGGUUUAAAGCCUCGGGCUGGGAGCGCAUAGAGAACCCCAACACUAUGCCGCACCGCAAGAAUCACACUUACGGCCACACGGUCUUCAUGUUCUCGGGCGGCGAGCGUGCCGGGCCGUUGGCGACCUACCUGCGCACCGCCAGCCAGCGCAAGGGCUUCCGGCUGAUCACGGACACGGCGGUGAGGCGGGUGGUGCGCAAGGGCGGCCACGUGUCGGCCGUCGAGAUCGAGGGCAACCCGGCGACAGGUCAUGGCUACGAGGGCGUGGUGAAGCUGAGUGACAAGGGCUCUGUGAUUCUAUCGGCCGGCGUCUUCGGGACGGCGAAGGUCCUGUUCCGCAGCGGCAUCGGGCCGGCGGAUGCCCUCGCGACUGUCAAGGGCUCGGCCACCGAUGGCGACUCCAUGAUCGACAAGAAGGAGUGGAUCAACCUGCCCGUGGGGUACAACCUGGUAGAUCACGUCAACACGGACGCCAUCGUGGACCACCCGUCCGUGGUCUUCUACGACUUCUACGAGGCGUGGAAGACGCCCAACGCGACCGACGAGGAGAAGUACCUGCGCAACCGGUCCGGGAUCCUGGCGCAGGCCGCGCCCAACAUCGGCCCCAUGUUCUGGGAGGAGGUCCGGGGCGCGGACGGGGUCGUGCGGCAGCUGCAGUGGACGGCGCGCGUCGAGGGCACCACGAACACGUCCAUGACGCUGAGCAUGUACCUCGGCCGCGGCUCGACGUCGCGCGGGCGCAUGUCCAUCACGCCGCAGCUCAACACGCGCGUCGCGACGCCGCCGUACCUGCGCGACGAGCACGACAAGGCCGCCGUCGUCAUGGCCAUGGACAGCAUCCGCAAGACGCUCGGCGUCGUCCCGGGCCUGACCUGGCACGUGCCGGCCGACGGCCAGACGAGCCAGGAGUAUGUCGACUCGCUGCUGACCACGCCGGCGCAGCGCCGCGCCAACCACUGGAUGGGCACCGCCAAACUGGGCACCGACGACGGCCGCAAGGGCGGGUCGGCGGUGGUGGACCUCAACACAAAGGUCUACGGCACCGACAACCUCUUUGUCGUCGACGCGUCCAUCUUUCCCGGCAUGGUCACGGGCAACCCGUCCGCCAUGAUCGUGACGGCGGCCGAGCACGCCGCCGGCCGGAUCCUGAGGCUCCAUGGCAGGAAGAGAUGCGUCGAGAAGCGCUUCACGUCUUGAGCGAGGGUGGAGGGAUGGGCUGGCCGUCGCGAAUAAGAAGCAGCGGCAGGGGUCUGACAAGGGGACCGGAUCCAUCAGGAGUGCCUUUGUAGUAUCCAAAUGUAAAUAUUCCGCCAUGAUUGCGAUCAAUACUAGGGCAUCGCACAAUAACAAGC